GGCUCCUCUCUGCUCCGUCUCCUCUCCUGUCCCUCAUCGCCUGUCCGCCAUGUUCGCCAAGACUGCCCUCGCCCGCGCGUCGACCCUGCUGAGACGGGGCGCCGAUCACGCCAACGCCCCCUUCGGCCCCAUUCACUUCACCGGUGUCAACUGGGUCCGCCGCGGUACCCUCCCCUUCGGCUUCAAGAACCGCAUCAUCUUCAACACUGUCUUCUGGACUCUGUCCAUCGUCGGCCUGGGCCUGCCUUUCUUCUCCGUCGAGCUUGCCAUCGCCCCCCUCCGUGCUGCCGCUGCCGCGAAGAAGCUCGCUGCCGCUCAGCAGUAAGCAGGGUCACAUUCCAGAGCCCAGUCGCCACAGCCACCUCGAAGUGAUGUAACAGCUGUUGGAUAGGCACUACAGUAUAUCCCAAUACACUUUUGUGGAGCAAAUCCCCAAGAUCCACGCGGAGCCAGGGCGUCACGGACAACGCCCCUCUCGACGACUGCCGCUGGACAAGCUUGUCCGCGAAUCGAUUCGACCAAUCCUCAUAUGCGACAAUCAACUGACUCGCCGCGCUGCUGCGAUCCUGCGCAUGCUUUUUACACUGGAAACGGACGUCGAUGCUAAUGUUUUGUCGAUGGGUCAGUUCCGUCACCAUUACAAGAUCCUGCUAUCAUACGACGACGCCCCAGCGAC